UCUACUCACCGAGGUGCUACCAAGAAGACUCCCCCUCUCAGACAUCAGGGAUCCUCUGCGUCCAUUCAGCCAGCAGCAUCUGCACUCCUGAGGCUCCACUCUCCUUCAGCAGCUCGUCCACCAGCAUGACUCCUCGGGCUCUCCUCCUGUCCGUCCUGGUCCUCCUGUCUGUCUUCUGCACUGUCUGCUGCAGCCCCGUGUGCAACAACCAGUGUUGCAGAUUCGUCGAGGACUUUCCCGCCCGGCUAAAGAAGCUCAAAAUAAACUAUUCACACAUCCGGGACUUCUAUGAAGCAAACGAUGACUUGGACACUGCGCUACUAAACCAGAGCGUCGAGGAGUCUUUCAAAACCCCGUUUGCCUGCCACGCCAUGAACAGCAUACUGCAGUUCUACCUGGACACGGUGCUGCCAACGGCCCUGGCCGGAGUGACGGAGGACACCCAGGACUUAAAGCCUCACAUGGAGUCCAUACAGCAGAUCUUCGACCAGCUCAACACUGAUGUCACCAGAUGUAGACAUUACUUCUCCUGCAAGGAUCAGUUCGACAUAACGACCCUAAACUCUACUUACACUCAGAUGGAGAGUAAAGGUCUGUUUAAGGCCAUGGGUGAGCUGGAUGUGCUGUUUAACUACAUUGAGUCGUAUCUGGCCUCUAAGCGGCACAGAAACCACGUGGCCACUGCUUGAAGACGUGCUGGCCCUCAUGAAAAUUUACCUCAGGGAAACAAAAAUAGUCACUGAACCCAUGCACUCUUAUGGAUUCAAUCUAUGAUUUUAAAGUGGUAAGAGUGUUGCCAGAUGUGUUUGAUAUUUUGUCCUAAGGACAAGUUUCCAGACCACAUGUGAAGCUGUAUUUAUUUUUUUUAUCAUGUGUAUAUAUAUAUAUUUAUUAAACAUUAACUAAGUCUUAGAUUAACUAUUAACUAGGUUUUUAUUGUUACAGAUAAAUA